CGGGUUCCAUACUGAGAUCUGUCGCGCGCCUUUCGCCUCUCCUCGCACAGAGCGUAAAAUAAUUAAAGAAAAUAUUGUGGAUCUAUCAGCAAUAUUAAAAUAGUGAUUGUGGUAAAAAUGGUUCGAAAAAUCAGUGCUCUCGUGUGUUGCCUCUGCGUUUUUGGUAUAUCUUUGAGUGAUAGUGCUAUAUCGGCGGAAAAUGAGACAAGAUGUCGGAACCCACCGACAGCACCUCAGAAGAUUGAAAGAGUAAUAACGCUGUGUCAGGACGAAAUUAAACUUUCCAUACUCAGAGAGGCACUAGACGUAAUAAAGGAGGAGCACACGAUGCCGGCCCAGCGACGACGCAACAAGAGAGAAGUGCCCUUCACACAUGACGAGAAGAGAAUUGCUGGGUGUCUUCUGCAGUGCGUUUACCGGAAAGUGAAAGCGGUGGACGGCUACGGGUUCCCCACACUGGAGGGUCUCGUGGGCCUGUACUCUGACGGUGUGAACGAGCGCGGCUACUUCAUGGCGGUGUUGGAAGCGUCCCGCGAGUGCCUCAUGCGGAACCACGAUAAGUUCUCCAGGACCGUUCCUAUGGACAACGGCCGCAAUUGUGACGUUUCCUUCGACAUUUUCGAAUGCAUAUCAGAUCGUAUUGGCGAGUAUUGCGGCACUUCUGGACUUUAAACCUUUAAAAAUUAUAAAAAAUACUAAAAGCCGAUAAUUAUG